CCGGUGAGGGCGUGGCCGGGAGGGCGGAGGGCACAGGCGCCCCGCGGGCUUGCACCCCGCUGCUGUCACCCCGGACGGGCGCUGGGAAGACCCGAGUAAAGUCCCAGAGACUCUGACGCUGACGCACAGGAAAGCCUCAAGUGGGAGGAGAAAUGCAAAUCCCCGGGCCAGGCCGGGCGAGGGCGCGGCAUUGGGGUCCGGGCGAGGGAGGCGACUGGACUGGGGCCUGAGCUCCGGACGGGCUCGGGAGCAGCCAGCAUGGCUCAGUGGAAUCAAGUCCAACAGUUAGAGAUGAAGUUUUUGGAACAAGUAGAUCAAUUCUAUGAUGACAACUUUCCGAUGGAAAUACGACAUCUGCUGGCCCAGUGGAUUGAAAAUCAAGACUGGGAGGCAGCUUCUAACAAUGAAACCAUGGCAACAAUUCUUCUUCAAAACUUGUUAAUACAGCUGGAUGAACAGUUAGGUCGUGUUUCAAAAGAGAAAAACCUGCUCUUGAUACACAAUCUAAAAAGAAUUAGGAAAGUGCUUCAGGGAAAAUUUCACGGAAAUCCAAUGCAUGUAGCUGUGGUUAUUUCUAAUUGUUUAAGGGAAGAAAGGAGAAUAUUGGCCACAGCCAACAUGCCCGUGCAGGGACCCCUGGAGAAAUCCUUACAGAGUUCUUCAGUUUCAGAAAGACAGAGGAACGUGGAGCACAAAGUGGCCGCCAUCAAAAACAGCGUCCAGAUGACAGAACAAGACACGAAAUACUUAGAGGACCUGCAAGAUGAAUUUGACUACAGAUAUAAAACAAUUCAGACUAUGGAUCAGGGAGACAAGAACAGCGUCCUCAUGAAUCAGGAAGUGUUGACACUGCAGGAAAUGCUCAACAGCCUGGACUUCAAGAGAAAGGAGGCUCUCGGUAAGAUGACGCAGAUAGUGAAUGAGACAGACCUACUGGCGAGCAGCAUGCUGAUGGAGGAGCUGCAGGAGUGGAAGCGGCGGCAGCAGAUUGCCUGCAUCGGGGGUCCGCUCCAUAAUGGGCUCGACCAGCUUCAGAACUGCUUUACCCUACUGGCAGAAAGUCUUUUCCAACUCAGAAGGCAACUGGAGAAAUUGGAGGAGCAAUCUACCAAAAUGACGUAUGAUGGUGACCCUAUCCCAGUGCAAAGAGCUCACCUGCUGGAAAGAGUUACCUUCUUGAUCUACAACCUUUUCAAGAACUCCUUUGUGGUGGAGCGACAGCCCUGCAUGCCAACCCACCCGCAGAGGCCGCUGGUGCUUAAGACCCUCAUUCAGUUCACGGUGAAGCUAAGACUACUGAUAAAAUUGCCAGAACUAAACUAUCAGGUGAAGGUUAAAGCAUCCAUUGACAAGAAUGCUUCAACUCUAAGUAAUCGAAGAUUUGUCCUUUGUGGAACUCAUGUCAAAGCCAUGUCCAUUGAAGAGUCUUCUAACGGAAGCCUCUCCGUAGAGUUUAGACACUUGCAACCAAAAGAAAUGAAGUCCAGUGCUGGAAGCAAAGGAAAUGAGGGCUGUCACGUGGUGACCGAGGAGCUUCAUUCCAUAUCCUUCGAGACCCAGAUUUGCCUCUAUGGCCUAACCAUCGAAUUGGAGACCAGCUCAUUACCCGUGGUGAUGAUUUCCAAUGUCAGUCAGCUACCGAACGCUUGGGCGUCCAUCAUGUGGUACAACGUGUCGACCAGCGACUCCCAGAACUUGGUUUUCUUUAAUAACCCUCCACCUGCCACUUUGAGCCAACUGCUGGAGGUCCUGAGCUGGCAGUUUUCAUCCUACGUCGGUCGUGGUCUUAAUUCAGAUCAACUCAGCAUGCUGGCCGAGAAGCUUACAGUGCAAUCAAGCUACAGCGAUGGUCAUCUCAGCUGGGCCAAGUUCUGCAAGGAGCACUUACCUGGUAAACCAUUUACCUUUUGGACAUGGCUCGAAGCAAUACUGGAUCUAAUUAAGAAACACAUUCUUCCCCUUUGGAUUGAUGGGUACGUCAUGGGCUUUGUCAGCAAAGAAAAGGAGCGGCAGCUGCUCAAGGAUAAAAUGCCUGGGACUUUUUUAUUAAGAUUCAGUGAAAGCCAUCUUGGAGGCAUAACUUUCACCUGGGUGGACCAUUCUGAGAACGGAGAAGUGAGGUUCCACUCCGUAGAACCUUACAACAAAGGCCGGCUGUCUGCUCUGCCGUUCGCUGACAUUCUUCGAGACUACAAGGUCAUUAUGGCUGAAAACAUUCCAGAAAACCCUCUCAAGUACCUAUAUCCUGACAUUCCCAAAGACAAAGCCUUCGGAAAACACUACAGCUCCCAGCCAUGCGAAGUUUCCAGACCGACAGAAAGGGGAGACAAAGGUUAUGUCCCUUCAGUUUUCAUUCCCAUUUCCACAAUCCGAAGCGAUUCCACCGAGCCAGCGUCCCCCUCAGACCUCCUCCCCAUGUCUCCAAGCGUAUAUGCAGUGCUGAGAGAAAACCUGAGUCCUGCAACCAUCGAAACUGCUAUGAAAUCACCGUAUUCCGCUGAUUGACCGGAUAAACCCUGACACGCCAAAGGAAGCAAAUAAAAAGUUCAGAGACUGUUCUUUACCAAAGAUAACAUCUUAUGCCUUCGGUUUUGUAAAUACUGGUUUCAGGGAAAUGGCAGGAUCUGACUCAUCCACUCCCUGGCCUGACACCCCAAAGGGAAGGGUUUGCAACUGCAAUGCAAAAACCAAGCUGCAGGUCAGCCCACAAGACUCGACACCUUAAGAAACCAGCAUUUGUAACAAUAUAAUAUUAACAAAAUACAGUGCUCGUGUGUGUGGGGGGGGGUUUUUUUGAUUUUUCUGAUUUUGUUUCUCAUGCGCUACUUAUGAUUUGGUUGUGGACAGUGUAAGUGUUAACAUUUUAGGGUAAGUUUAGAAAAAGAGAUGCCUAUUUUACUCCAAGCCAGCACGAAGGCCAGGGAGGCCAAAUCAGAGCCCUCACCUGGAUCCAGGAUGGGCCUCAGGAUGAGGGUCCAGCAGUGGUGUCUCACAGGCCCAAGGCUGAACUGUGAAGCCUCUUCAAUUAGCUGCUCCAUGCUGUCCCAGCUGUGGGUCUCACAGCUGCUGGUGCCACCCAGGGCGCCUGUCUUGCUGAGGAAUGGGAUCCAAGGCCACUCCUAGUGGCAUCUUCAAUUGCAUGACAUUCCAGGCCCUGAAAGCAGACACCAGGGUAAGAAUCUCAUAAAAUGAGGCUGGGAGAAUAACAGCCCUGGCCUUGGGUGGCUGAUUUCAUCUCUGGGUGGUGUGUUCUCCAUUUCUAAGAAAGACUGAACUAGAGGGACCAGCAGUCCUUUCCAGUUCCACCAGUUUCUGCUCCCCAGAAUUUAACCUGAGGCUGCAGAAAAGCUGAGAAGUCCUUUGGUCUUCCACGCUUUGCAGGAUAGAAAUCCAUGUGGUCUGCCUUGGCCCCUGCCUUACUGUGACUAGAUGCUUAGUGACACCACUGCCCAGCUACUCACCUCAGUAGCAGUGUGAGAGCCCCAAUGCCAAGACCUGGGGAUUCCCUCUGUGGAGCCCAAGGGAAGCUGCUGAGCCAGGAGAGGAAAUUACACCACUGAGGCAUCAUCCAUGACCAACUGCACAACCCUCAAACUGCUUUCCAAUGUGAGCCUCAACUGUGGGGUCAGAGACCCCAGUGUGCUCUAAAGGGCUCCUCUCUCCUUCCACCCACCUCCUGGCCCCCAGGCAAACUCACCAGGCAUAGACUCACAUUUGUCCUGAUUUAUAUCUAGAUCCCUCCUCCCAAAGCCUCAUGAUGAUCAAAGGCUUUGGGAAGCUAAUUGGGUUCUGUGGGUUUAUGACUUUCUUUACAAGAUGGGGUCGGGACAGAAGUGCUGGGUCACUGUGGGCUUAGCCUGGAAAGGUAAAUCACCCUGCUGGGACCCUCCCUUCCCUCUCUGCUUCCUGUCCACCAUGCCAUGAGCAGUUCUUCUCCAGACCCCUCUGCCAUGCUGUCCUGCCUUGGACUGCCCCCUACUAUGCACUGGAAUGUGAGCCAAAACAAAUUCUCUGCCUUUAAAUUGUGGGUGUCAGGUAUUGUGUCUCCGUGUCCAGAAAGUGACUAAGGCAGAUCUCAAGGGAGGAUGCCUGGAUCCCUUUUUACCAUUCUAAUCUAGCUUUUCACUUAGAGAUCCCACACGACUUAUCCACAUGGGCACAACUGGAUCCUAGACUUCCCAUAGUGCAAAUCCUCCCACUGCUCCAAAGCCAGUUCCUCUACAAGUUCCUGACAGUACCCUUAGGGCCAAGGUGGCUGUUGAUGGAGGCCUUUUCCCAGUCUCUGCUUCCCUCCACUGACCCAGUUUUCUGAAAUUGCCUGAGACUUAUGUAUCAACUGGCAGCAGAGUUGGAGGAAAUAAUAUAAACUUGAGUGUGAUUAAUACAGUUUUUUAUUUGAAGUAAUUUGCUGUCAAGAAGUAGUCAAACAACUAUUGUCUUCUUUGGAAGUCCUGUAAUGUUUACAAUGCCUAAGUUUUAUUGGUCUUGUUCUCUACUGUUUUGUCCAACUUUAUAAUAUCUAAUGAGAUAGACAAUUCUUUUUAAGGAAACAAGGGACAAUGUUGAUAACCAUUGUUGAUAAACUUGUACUCUGUUCUACACCAUGUGCUAUGUCUAUCCUUGGUAUUGACUGACAGCUUUGUUUUGCCAUAUUUGACUGUAUUCUUCCCCCCCCCAAAGAAAGUAAUAAGCACUAAGGAGUAAUAAAAUCCAAGAUGUGUAAAUUUUGUUGUAAAAAAGAGAGGGAAAAAAAAAAAGAAAAAGAGCUCUAACGGAUAUAACAGCAAGUGUGUUUGGGGGUGUUAAAUAGCUGACUUUAUCAAUGUUUUUGGAACAUUGAACACAGCUGUUUGCAGUCUCCCUGUUUGAAUGUCCACCUUGUGUUCUUUGAUACUGUGAUUUGAGGAACUAUUUUCAAGAAGAUAGUGUGUAAUCUACUAGCAGGUGAUUUCUUACUGUUAUGUUUUUUUUGUUUUGUUUUGUUUUGUUUGUAGUUCUGUAUUGCGUGUACCCUUACGCCGCUUUGGUUUGUUUUGUGUUUUUCUCUUUUUCCUCUUAAAUAAAAAAAAAAAAAAAAGUAGUCAAACAAGUGGA